AUGUUUUACUACCCCGCGGUGUUAAAGCAUCAUACUGGAUGUUUUUCUACAAUCUGGCUGGUUGCUACCAAAGGUAUCAGAGUUCCUCGCCGGGAUUUCCUAAAAGUGAACGUCAAAAGCACGUGUGAUGACAUUAUGAACUAUGUGCUGGAGCGGGUCCCGCCACCUCAGCCUGGUCUGCCACGACCUCGCUUCUCCCUCUACCUGUCCUCGCAGCUGCAGUAUGGCGUCAUUGUUGUCUACCACCGCCAGUGUGCUAUACUUCUGGAGGAACUUCACACCAUCGUGGGCCAGCUGGUGAAACAGAGGACAUCCCAGAAAAUUGAUCUGGAUGACCAGGGCAGACAACCUCUGGUCUUCCCAGAUGCUCUGUCUCUCCUGGAGGAGACAGAGGGAGCUCUGGACCCCUUGUUCGGAGUGAUGUACAUGGAGCAUCCCAUACCCAGUCCCAGUACAUUGAUACAGAUGGGUGAGGAGUAUCUGAGAGAAGCCUCCCCUGAGCAUCCUGAACUGACCACCCCAACUGCUUCCGUUGAACUAGAAAGUGGCAUAACCGCAUCUCCAGAAACCAUCACUCUGAGAGAGGCGGAGCCUGUUGCUAUACCGUCUCCAGAGUUUGAGGGUGUGGAGCUUGUCGAUGAGCAUCCAGACACUAUCGACCACCUCCUGGAUCAAAUGGAUGACUUUCCUGAAGGAGAUAUGGAGCCAGGAAGAGAAGAUGUGGCCCCAGGAGAACAAGAGAGGGAGAUGGAAAGGGAAAGAAGAGAGAGAGACCUGGAGAGGGAGAGAGCAAGGGAGCUCACAGCAUCCACUACUGAAUUACAGCCCACCACUCUCUCCAGUGAAGAUGCCAUGUUGUUGCCUCAGGAGGAGCCUGCUCUAUCAAUGGAGAAACCAGGACCACCCCCAGACCAGCUCACCCCCGUCUCUGCGCUCGUCCUCCCCUCUCCACCGUCUGCAGCAGGCGAACGUGAAAUACCAAGCCUAGAGUUAGAGGACAAAUAAAAAUUUAUCUCCCAUGCCCAGGAUGUGCCACGUCCAAAUGUAAGGAGGAGGAGGAGGCAGCUGAUCUUCUUUGACCCGGAGACGCAGAUCUCCCAGGAGGUGCUGCAACAGCAGAUCAGGAACACUCUGAUUGAGACCAGACCUCCACUCCUCCCACCGCCUCCAUCUCACAGGAGUCUCUCUGCUGCUGAGCUCCUCAACAACCCCUGCACCUUCUUGCCUGAAGAGGUGCAGUUUCUAUGGAGACAGGCUGCGAACAUCACACCGAUCUCCGGGUCGGACCUGCAAGUCGGGGCGAGAGGGCCAGAGUCCACCGACUCUGAAAAGGAAAGAGAGCGUGAGAUGGUCGAGGCGGCCGAAAGAGAAGAGGAGAGACUCAGCCCCAAAGAGGUCCAAAGAGAUUUGGCAGAAUCAGAGAUGUUUGAUAUUUCAGGCAUGGAUACACUGAUGCUGGAGGGCUCUGACCAAAGGGAGGUGUCUCGAGAAAUCUCGCCCAUGUACCCAUCAGAGAGAGAAGGGUCCACUGUCUCCAGGUCUGUUACUACACUGCAGGACAUCCCAGAGGCAGCGGACAGGUUUCUUGAGGAAGCAGCAGGAGAGCUUCCUGGGUUGUUGCCGGAGUUGCCUGAGAAUGAAUUUGCACCUGUGCUUUUUCACUCUCUUCUGCCGCCAGAGGUCGACCGCAGAACUGUCAGCACCUUUUUUCACAGGCUCCUGGAGAGAGCAUCGGCCAGGAUGGUUCGGGUGGAACAAGAUGAGCCUUAUGGCGACAUCCUGAUAUUGUCUGGACACGACAGCGAAGACGGCCAUCUGACUAUGUGACGAAUCAGCGGUUGUUCAGGUUCCCACAGGCCUCCUGUUCUGACAUUUUCUGUGCUCAAAAUUCUGGAUUCAGGCAAUUUAAUACACACGAAAUAGUCUUAAAAGUUUAAUGUUUUGUAAGUGAUCAAUUGUUGAUGGUGUAUCUUGUUGACAUGUUUGAAAUUGAAGUAUUUAAAACAUUUUACCUGCUGUUUUUAUGUAAUUACGCAUGGUUUUGCAUCAUUGUUCCCUGUUGCUAAUGGUGGUGAAUUACCUAUAUCAACUUUGUGA